AUGAUGGACACGGUCCAAGCAAUUGCCCUUGCCUUUGAUUACUCAGCUAAGAGGUUGCUUUCUUUUAAAGAAAACUUGGAAGCAAAUGCUCAAGUAAAGGAAGAAAUGGUCAGAAGACAAAAGUUGAAAACUCUUUUUGAAACUCGAUGGGCCAGCAGAUCUGACUCUUUAAAUACUUUUUUAUCAGCAUACAACGUUGUGGUUGAUUCUUUAGAAGAUCUGGAACAACAAGGUGAUUCCAAAGCCAGAGGAUAUGCUUGCUCAAUCGAUUUUAUUGUUUCACUUGUCGUUGUACAAUCUACUCUACAACCACUUGUACCACUGUCAGCCAUGCUACAGAAUAAAGAAAUCGAUCUGAUUGAGGCUGUUGCUGAAAAUAAAGUUGUAAUCGAACAACUUAGACGAAAUCGAAACGAGGACGGGCACUGGGAUGAUUUGUUUCACAAAGCUACUGUAGUGGCAGCGUCAGUAAAUGAGGUACCUGUCAUACCCAGAGGAGUUGCUCGCCAAGUAAAUCGAGUAAACGUACCUGCUGUUAACCCAAGUCAAUACUGGAAACGGGCAAUGUACCUGCCUUUUGUCGAUCAUCUGAUCCAAGAGCUUACAAGUAGAUUAGUGAAGAACGAGGACAGGUUUGCUGCACAGACCUUAAUCCCUCAAAACCUCCACGUCCUCACAAAUGACAUGCUGAAUAAGAUAUUCACCUGCUACCACGACGAUUUAACUGCCACCACAGUGGUCGAAUUCCAAGAGGAAGUUGACCGUUGGAGAAUUAAGUGGGACAUGGCAAGAGACCCCACUUGCAAGCUAGCCAGUUUAUCAGAAACAUUGGCAGUCACCAAUUUUAAUCUCUACCCCAAUAUUUUCAUUUGUCUAUCCAUUCUUAUUACUAUGCCUGUUGCUACUGCGACAGCAGAACGAAGUUUUAGUCUAAUGAGACGAGUGAAAACUCAUGUCAGGUCAACCAUGCUUUCUCAGACUUUCAAGUCUCUCAGUGCUACACGCUUAUAA